UAUUACAAAUAUAUUAGAAAAAGUUUCAAAUCAUAUUUCUGUGCGCGCGUGCGUGAGUGCGCGCGCGCUUCUACAUUUGUUUUAUAACAGGUACAAGAAGAUUAUACUAAUCAACUAUACGAUCUGGCAAUUGACAUAUUAAAUAAAAGCAUUGGAGCCUAUACAAAUUACGUGCAGAGAUACUUGUAUCUAUGUUUCUUUCUGCACAAUUAAAUCUCGCAAACUGUGUCCAAAUAGAUUGUCAAACCAACGGUGGCUCCUUGGCAAACAAUUUAUUUAAAAGCACACCAAGUUUUGAGGAUAUAUCAAUCUAUGAUGUUGGAUGUCCUCCUCGAAGAAAAAUAUUACCAGUUGCACAAAUUGACUGCAAUUUAUUAACACAGGACUUUUACAAUGUAAUAACUAAUAAUGUGUUUUGUUAUUUGGAAAAAGGAAAUAUCAAAAAAAUUGCCCAGGUUACGAGACAACAAAACUUAAUAAAAUAGUUUCGCCAAGUACUAUACGAAGGAUGCAAUCUUUCAAAAGAAGAAAGUAAAAUGCUGCUUGUGAGUUUGGCUCCUCGUCAUCAACUGACCGAUGCUGCAUUAGAAUCUCUUAUUCAAAUAAUUGAUUGUCAUCUUCCCCGUACACAUCAUGGUGUGUACUAAAUAUUUAUUAUUAUAUAUUAAUAAGUCAUUACCAGAAAGUAAAGCGUGUAAAUAUUAUUACUGUCCGGAUUGUUAUACGAUACUGAAUUCAUGUACCAAUAAUCAAAUGAAAUGUGAAGUUUGUUCAAAAAUUUACAAUGAAAAGUAUCUCAAUAAAAGAAAUAAGUAUUUUAUACAUAUUCCACUCAAAGAGCAAUUAAUAGAAUUAGUAAAGUCCGAAGAUUUUGCACAAUUCCUAAUUUGCACAAAAAACUAAAGAAAUGGAAAGUGAUGUCAUUAAUGGAAACAUUUACCAUAAUUGUAGAAAUAAAAAUAUAACAUAUACCAUAAUUUAAGAAAUAAAAAUAUCAUUGGAGAUAAUGACAGUAUUCUCCAGUGGAAUUGUGAUGGGGUAUAAUUAUUUUAAUCUUCCAUGUCAUCCAUUUAGCCGAUUUUAGUUACAAUAAACGAAUUGCCUUAUCGUUUGCGAAGGCAACAUAUUCUCUUAGCGGGCAUAUGGUUUGAUGUCUGUGAAAGCAAAUAUGAAUAUUUUUCUUCGGCCAUUCAUUGAUGAAUUUAUUAACUUACAUAAUAAUGGUUUUAUUACAACAACAUUCAUGCAUAAGGAAGCAAUAUGUAUUAAGGUUCAUACACUUCUAACUACGGUUGAUUCAAUAGCAAGGUCGAUAAUACAAAACAAUUCAACGGCAAAUACGGAUGUUCAUAUUGCUAUCACAAAGGAAAAGAGGUUAAUACAAAAAGCGGGGGUUUUAAACGCGUUUAUUGUGGAGAUCUUUGUGCUUUACGGUAAAAACAUCAACACAACAAACAUGUUAAAAAAAUUAUCUCAAAAAAUCACAGUGAAAGGAGUUAAGGGUUCUUCAGUGACACAACUUAUACCGCUGUUUGACAUAAUUAAGUCUUUCCCGCCAGAUUAUAUGUACAGUGUUGCGGAAGGCGUGAUUAAGCAGUUUGUUAUGGCAUGGUUUGAUUCCAGGAAUCAUAAUAAAGAGUGUUAUUUAGGGAAAUAUCAACAAGUUUUUGAUAAUAAAUUGACAAGUAUACUACCUCCAUCAGAAAUAACACGAAUACCACGAUCAAUAGUUCAAAAGAAAUUGUUUAAGGCCUCAGAGUGGAAAAAUUUCUUACUGUACUAUUCAUUGCCUUGUUUAAGUGGAUUAAUGCCACAGAAAUCCAUUAAACAUUGGCUACUUUUUGUAUUUAGUAUAUAUAUUUUUCUACAAACACAUUUCUGAUAACAAAUUUAUCGUUGUUGAACAAACAUUACGAACAUUUGUAUUGCAAAUAGAAGAAUUGUAUGGAGAUGAUUUCAUGAAUUACAAUAUUCAUUUGUUGUUGUGAGAAAAGGAGAAGUUCUUCUUUAUCAUUACAGCGUUGGUAAACUCGAGGUUACCGAUUCGUGAUAUCUUUCGAUCGACGUAAGAGGGAGCUAUCCGUGUCCGUUUCUCUCGCGGCCUCCCCCCCCCACCUCUCUAAGUCUGUGUGAGUAUAGUAAUCUUGUCUCAUGCGGCGUGUAAAAAGGCACGAAGGUGUAAUAAAGUGUCGUCAUUAUCAGUAUUCCUAUUUCUAGUUUUCUCUGAACGAUCUCCCCAUUACUUAGUAUCGCGAGUGAAAAGACAAGCACCUCAAGAUGGAGGCCGCGAGGAAAAAACGCAUGACGAACCGCACUGCCUUCACACGCGCAAUAAAUGAUUUAGCCACGACUCUAACGGGUACGGCCACGAGACCAACAGAUAAAGAAGAAAUAUUCGUGUAUCUACAAGUUUUAGAGGAAAGACACGAGAAAUUGCGACAAGCUAAUGAUGUAUUGAUAAAAUGCAUGCACGAGACGGAGGACGUGACAGACGAGGCCAUCGCCAUAGAGGAUGCCACCAACGAUGAGUAUGAAAGGAAGUUCAUACGAGCAAGGCUCGCCGCCAUGAACGCACUAGGCACACCAAUCGUAACUGCACCGAACGCCAAUGAGACUAUCAACGACGGAGCAAACACUCGCGUCCGUGCACAAGUAUCCGCUCAGACAAGUCAAAUCAAGCUGCCGAAGAUCGAACUCAAGAGAUACGAUGGAGAUAUUAAAGAAUGGCUGCGAUUCUGGUCUCAGUUCAAGAAAAUUCAUGAAAACGCUACGAUCGACAAAGAGACCAAAUUCCAAUAUUUCCUGCAAACCGUGGUUCCGGAUUCGCGAGCGGCGGAACUAAUCGGUAGUUUCCCGCCUACCGAUGAAAACUAUGACAAAGCUAUCGCCGCGAUGAAGAAUCGAUUCGGGCGUGAUGAGAUGCUCGUCGAAGUGUACGUGCGUGAAUUAUUAAAGUUGGUUCUGCAAAAUGCUAUGAAGCCUAAUGAGAAAAUAAAGUUAGCAAGUCUGUUCGAUAAAAUAGAGUCUCAACUUCGAGCUCUCGAAUCUCUUGGUGUGACCACGGACCGAUGCGGCGCCAUGUUGUAUCCCCUCGUCGAAUCAUCGUUGCCGGAAGAAUUGUUACGUGCAUGGCAACGGAAUCAAGUGACGCCAUCAGCACCACAGCGUAUGGAAUACACCGCGGAACCACCGCCGAGAGAGGAUAGACUCAUGCGAUUGAUGAAAUUUUUACAGUCGGAAGUGGAGAAUGAAGAGCGAAUAACGAUCGCGGUGAACGGUUUCGACAUGAAUGAUCGAAAGCAGUCGAAACAUAAACAACGCUUAGAACUCACCAAAGAUACGCCUUUUGCUAUGAGUUUACACGCGAGCGGAAAGCCUACUAAAAUUGUAUGCGUGUUCUGCGAGGGCGAACACGCAAGUCCGAAAUGCGAGAAAGCACGCAAAAUGAUACUGAGCGAUAGAAAAUCGAUGUUGCAAACCAAGAAUGCGUGUUUCAACUGCCUGAGGAUCGGACAUCAAAGCCGUACGUGUCGAGGAAAUCUGAAGUGUGCCUUUUGCAGUCGUCAUGUUGUGCUCAUGUGCCCAGAGGUUAUGGGCGACAGUAAUGCAACGACAUCUCACAAAGCAGACGAGAGUGUCGUCAAAGAUGAGAAGUCACUAUUCAGUCACACAAGAAAACCAAAAGUGAUAUUGCAGAUCUUACGCAUGAUAAUCAGGAACAAGCAGGAAAAACGUGUCGUCAAGCAACCGUGGAUUAAUGAGUUGAAAGUCCUAGGCAUCCAGUUAACAGAAGAAUCGGGUGAGUCUGACCAUGCUCAACCUAUUAAAAUCCUUAUCGGAGCUGAUAUCGCUGGUAAAUUACUGACAGGAAAGACCAGACAGCUGAGGCCUGUAUUCGAUGCGUCAUCCAAAAUGUUACGCGCGCUGCCCGGUAUACUCUGCGAUCGUGAGUCAGUUGUCGGAUCGGGAAUAUCGAUCGGCGGCAGCGGUCAGCUGUCAAGAGCCACGGCAACAGAGAUAAACAAGGAAGAAUAG